ACCUCUUAAGCCCUAGUGUUUGUUCAUGCUGUAACUCUGUUUGUUCUCCAUAAACCCUCGAAGAGAAAAUGGAGGAACAAGAAGAGCCAGCCUCAUCCAACCAAAAUCCUAAGCCCAAAGAAGCAUCCAUAUGCGAAGAAUGUAAAGAUAAGCCGUCAAAGUACAAGUGCCCGGGUUGUUCAAUUCGCACUUGUAGCCUUGUUUGCGUGAAAGCUCACAAGCAACGUACUGCUUGUUCCGGCAAGAGGAACGUCACCCAGUUCGUUCCUCUCUCUCAGUUCAACGAUAACAUUCUCCACUCUGAUUAUAAUUUGCUUGAGGAAAUGAAGAGGAUCGCUGAAUCUGCUCAGAGACUGAGAGGUAAAUUAUGUGGGUAUUCUUAUUUUAAGCUACCAUUCUAUCUUCGGAGUCUUAGGAGUGCUGCUGCGAGCCGGAGGACAAAACUUUUGUUUCUCCCUAGUGGAAUGACAAAGAGGGAAAAGAAUCAAACGCGAUAUGACCAAAGGAAGAAAUCCAUCUCAUGGACUGUUGAGUGGCGUUUCCAAUCAACAGAUGUUGUUUUAGUCAACCAUGGAGUGCACGAGGACACAAAUCUCUGCUCAUUAAUUGAGAACCAUCUAAAACCUGGUCCAUGGAAUCAUCAGCUAAGACAAUUCUCUGAGGAGCAGCUGGACUGCCUCAAGUUUUUUGUUCGCAAAUUUCCAAAGGGGGCUAAGUCACCUUUCCGUGAAUUGGACAUAAAGGCUCCAUUAAGACAACAAUUAUCCAAUAUAGUUAUUCUGGAAUACCCUGUAAUUUAUGUUUUUCUCCCGUCACACAGCUAUGAUUUUGAGGUUGUUAAAGAUUCACAGCCUGUCACUCAUAGGCCUGUGCUCAGGAAUCCUGUAGGCAAUGACCAUCAAAGCCCGAGAGGUAUUCUGUUCAGGGAAGAGGAAAUAGAAGAUGUUAUCUCUACAAAUCCUCAAGUUUGUGAUCUUAUGAAGCAUGUAAAUCCAGGUUCAGUGCCUGUAAUCCCAAGUCAAACCGGUAUGACUCUGAAUGAAUCAAACAACUUGGAUAGUCCUUUAUUGACCAGAGUGGCAGUAGACAACAUAUUAUAUUCGAACACAAAGAUGGAAGAACCAGGAGUGCCUGAAGAUAUGGAGUUUGAUUUUGAUCAAGGCUUAAUAGAUACAUACUCGGAUAUUAUCGCCGAAAUUAAUCCUGAUGACUUUCUUGAUUUGGACAGUAUAUUUGCCAAGGAAGCAUGUGGGCAAGAAACAGGGGAUCUUUCAAAUUCGAAGAGAGGUUACAUAGGGGAGGAAGAAUUGGAGGAAGGAGAGAUUGCAGAAUAGUAGAUAAUCGUUGUUUUACUUUAAAAGAACUUGAAAAACAGAAAAUGGGGUGUGAAAGAAGGAUCUCCAAAAUGUUUUUUCUUACUGUUCCUGAUCAUCGAGCUUUGAUGUACCCCGAAGGUUAUGAAGUAAAUUCUAUAUACUAUCGGCAUGAAAUGCAGAAAAAAAAAAAAAAAAUAAUAAAAACUAUGCUUCCCUUCAA